UGCCAUGUCAGUAUUAAAGAUGCCAAGGAUUAGAAUGUAUUGGCAAGGUAUGACACGCCUACCAUUUAUUGCUGAUGCUAUGCCCAGAGAUAGAUUCUUUAAAUUAAGGUCUGCUCUCAAAUUUGUUGAUGAUAAUAAAAUUUCUGCAGCACAGAGAAGUUUAGAUCGAGUAUGGAAGGUGAGACCUCUCCUUGAAGAAAUUAGAAAGAGAUGCAAUGAGCUCCCAAGAGAGAAAAAACUGAGUAUUGAUGAGAGUAUCAUUCCUUUUCGAGGAAGACUGAACAUAAAGCAACAUGUUCCAGGGAAACCAAAUCCUGAUGGAUUGAAGAUGUUUGUGUUAGCAUCAACUAAAGGACUUGUUUAUGAUUUUGAAAUUUUUCAGGGGAAAGAGGCACUGAUUUCUCUGGUUGACCAGCUGAAUGCUAAACCUAACAGGCCAGUAACAUUGGGAGAGGCAGUUGUGUUCCGAUUUCUUCCUAGUGUGGAACCUGGAUCAAGUUUAUUCUUUGAUAGGUAUUUUACUUCUCCUCAACUUUUGGGAGACUUGUAUGAUAGAUGUCUGAGGGGCACAGGAACUUUAAAGAAAAAUAUGCUACCUAAAGAGGCAAAUUUGAAAUCUGAAGCAACAUUGAAAAGAGAGGGAAGAGGAGCAUCAGAUUCACAAGUUAGGUAUGACAGGAAAGUUGCAUUAACAGCAUGGUAUGAUAAGAAAGUAAUAUACAUGGCUUCAAACGAGUUUGGAAUUAAGGAAGAGGAUGUCUGCCUUCGGUGGUCAAAGGCAAAAAAUGAACACAUACAAGUGCAAAGACCAUGUGUAGUUAGAGAGUAUAAUAAAGCAAUGGGAGGAGUGGACUUACACGAUCAAGUCGUAAGUUAUUACAGAAGUAGCUCUAGAACUAAGAAGUGGACUGUUAGAACAGGACUUCACAUGAUGGAUGUGACAACUGCUAAUAGCUGGUUGGAAUAUAGGGCAGACUGCGGAGAAAACAAAUAUAUGCCAUACUUGGAUUUUAAACUACAGUUGGCUAAUCAGCUUAUGAGAGGAGAGUUAUCUGAUAGAGAUGGAAGACGAUUGGGCAGCACAGAUUCUGAUGAAGAACUUGGAGAUCCAGCCCCUAAGACCAAAAGAGGAAAAUUUAAAGUCCCUUUUGCCUGGUGA